AUGAUGAGCGGCGGCAGGAUGAACCCGGCGGCGAGCGACGACUUCCCGUUCGCGGCAAUGCAGCCGCCGCCCUACGUCGGCUUCGACCACGCCGGCGGAGGAGGCCAGCGCCACCAGGGCGCGAUGAUGUACGACAACUUCGACUACGCGGCCACCUUCGGCCAGUUCCAGGACGCGCCGAACCACCAGAUGCUGGCGCUGCCGCCCAGCGGCGACGGCGCCGGCGGGCUGGUCCCCAUGGCUCCGCCACCCAUGCCCGGGAUGCAGCUGCAGAUGCCGCCUAUGCCCCACGGGAUGCAUGGCCACGGCGACGUGUACCCGGCGAUGGGGAUGGUGAAGCGCGAGGGAGGCGCCGGGGACGCGGGGAGAAUCGGGCUGAACCUCGGCCGGCGGACCUACUUCUCCCCCGGCGACAUGAUGGCGGUGGACCGGAUCCUGAUGCGGUCCCGUCUCGGCGGCGUGUUCGGGCUGGGAUUCGGCCGCGCCCACCACCAGGCGCCUCGGUGCCAGGUGGAGGACUGCAAGGUCGACCUCUCCGGCGCCAAGCACUACCACCGGCGCCACAAGGUGUGCGAGUACCACGCCAAGGCCGCCCUCGUCGCCGCCGCCGGCAAGCAGCAGCGCUUCUGCCAGCAAUGCAGCAGGUUCCACGUGCUCACGGAGUUCGACGAGGCCAAGAGGAGCUGCCGGAGGCGGCUCGCAGAGCACAACCGUCGCCGGAGGAAGCCUGCGGCCGGCACCACGGCGACGUCGUCGAAAGACUCCGCGCCGCCUUCCAAGAAACCCAACGCCGGCGCCAUCUCCGGUUCCUACACCGCCGACAACAACACUUUGAGCACGACGAAGUCGACCAUCUCCUCCAACACCAGCGCGAUCAGCUUCCUCCAGCAGGGCCAGGCCAGGGCGGUAGCAGCGACAAGGCCGACGACGCUCACCCUGGGCUCGUCGCCGGAGAGGGACGACCGCCAGCAGCAGCUCCACAACCAUCAGGAGCAGCAGCAUUUCAUCACCUCCCUCCUGCACAACAACAUCAAUAACAGCAACAUCCUGUCGUGUUCCUCGGUGAGCUCCAGCACGAUGCCAUCGGCGGCGACGGCAAACGGCGAGGUCUCCAACCAGAACAACGACAACGCCAACAACAACAUGCAUAUGUUUGAGGUGGACUUUAUGUAG